UCGGUCAGCAAAAGUCGGUUCGCGAGCUGUCAGCGCCGGCGGGAGAGCGGCGGGGCGCGGGGUGGGCGCGGCCGACCGGGUUCCGGAGCCGGCCCGCGACCCCGGACUUUCCGCGCGCCCCGCUCCCUCCCCGCUAGGCCGUCCGGCCGCGUACUGCGCCCCUCGCUCGCUCACCUCGUUCUCUUGCUCGCCGGCCGCCGUGCGGGCCGGGCGGGCGCCGGAGACCCCGCCGGGGCCGAGGUUUCUGGCGAGCGGGAGGCGAGGGCCCGGCUGCGGCCUCCUCAAAAUGUCCUCGGUCUGCGACGCCAGCAGCCCCUUCCCCCUGCACCUCUUGGUGUGGAACAACGACUACCGGCAGCUGGAGAAGGAGCUGCGGGGCCAGAAUGUGGAGGCUCUGGAUCCACGAGGUCGAACAUUACUGCAUCUUGCUGUUUCUUUGGGACAUUUGGAAUCUGCUCGAGUCUUGCUCCGACAUAAAGCAGAUGUGACAAAAGAAAAUCGCCAGGGAUGGACAGUUUUACAUGAGGCUGUGAGCACUGGCGAUCCGGAGAUGGUGUACACAGUUCUUCAGCAUCGAGACUACCACAACACAUCCAUGGCCCUGGAAGGAGUUCCUGAGCUGCUCCAAAAAAUUCUUGAGGCUCCAGAUUUCUAUGUGCAGAUGAAAUGGGAAUUCACCAGCUGGGUGCCGUUGGUUUCCAGAAUAUGCCCAAAUGAUGUCUGUCGCAUUUGGAAAAGCGGUGCCAAACUGCGUGUCGAUAUUACGUUGCUGGGAUUUGAAAAUAUGAGCUGGAUAAGAGGGAGGCGUAGUUUUAUAUUUAAGGGAGAAGACAACUGGGCGGAGUUGAUGGAAGUCAACCACGAUGACAAAGUGGUGACUACUGAACAUUUUGACCUUUCCCAAGAAAUGGAACGCCUCACUCUGGACUUAAUGAAGCCGAAAAGCAGGGAAGUUGAGCGGCGGCUCACAAGCCCAGUCAUUAACACCAGCCUCGAUACUAAAAAUAUUGCUUUUGAAAGAACUAAAUCCGGAUUCUGGGGCUGGAGGACAGAUAAAGCAGAAGUUGUUAAUGGUUACGAAGCAAAGGUAUACACCGUAAACAAUGUGAAUGUAAUAACCAAAAUACGCACAGAACAUCUGACGGAGGAGGAAAAAAAGAGAUAUAAAGCGGACAGGAACCCACUGGAAUCUUUGCUGGGAACUGUGGAACACCAGUUUGGUGCUCAAGGGGAUCUUACUACGGAAUGUGCCACUGCAAACAACCCUACGGCUAUCACACCUGAUGAGUACUUCAACGAAGAGUUUGAUCUGAAAGACAGGGACAUCGGAAGGCCAAAAGAACUGAUGAUUAGAACUCAGAAGUUUAAAGCAACACUAUGGAUGUGUGAAGAAUUUCCCCUCUCUCUCGUGGAACAGGUCAUUCCUAUCAUUGACCUAAUGGCUCGAACUAGUGCUCAUUUUGCAAGAUUGAGAGAUUUCAUCAAAUUAGAAUUCCCACCUGGAUUUCCUGUCAAAAUAGAAAUUCCCUUGUUUCAUGUCUUAAAUGCACGGAUUACAUUUGGGAAUGUUAAUGGCUGUAGCACUGCUGAAGAAACUGUAUCUCAAAAUAUGGAUGGGGCGCAGGCCAAUUCAGCUUCCCAUGUCACAAACUUUGAGGUCGAUCAGUCUGUGUUUGAAAUUCCUGAAUCUUACCACAUUCAAGACAAUGGCAGAAAUGUGCAUUUGCAAGAUGAAGAUUAUGAGAUAAUGCAGUUUGCCAUCCAGCAGAGCCUGCUGGAGUCCAGUAGGAGCCAGGAACUUCUAGGACCAGCUUCAAAUGGCGGGAUCAGCCAGACACAUGCCUAUGAAGACCAGUUUGAGAGGGCCAUCCAGGAGAGCCUCCUCACCAGCACUGAAGGCCCAUGUUCUGGUGCCCCAACUGAUAUAAGCAGUUUUGAUAGUGACUUGCAGCUAGCCAUGGAGCUCUCUGCCAAAGAGCUGGAGGAACGGGAGCUCCGACUCCAGGAGGAAGAGGCUGAGCUCCAGCAAGUCUUACAGCUGUCACUCACUGACAAGUAGACCUUUCUGCCCAUGGGCUGCACAAAGCAGAGGCUCUGGGCUGUCAUGGAUGUUGGCAACUGGGGCCCCAGGGCUAAGGGCCUGCACCUCAUGUGUGUGCAGCAGAUGGCAGCUGCCCUUUCUUUACCCAAGUGCAGAACCAGGGAUUCCUAGGCUCACCCAGGACGCUCCCCAGGGUGGAGGGGCUGGGAAUGGCAGGCCCUAUCUUUAGACCAUGGGGAAGAGAACACUGUCACUUCCAUUAGCUGUAUUGGCUUGCAGGUCACGUUUUUACUACCAGCUUUAGAAAAAAACCCAAUCCCUGCAGGCUUGUAGAUAAAUUUUUAUUAAGGAGUGAUAACAAAACAAGUUAUUGCAGAGUCAGGGUGCUUUUAUAUAUGAGAGAAGCGGCAGCAGCAGCCUUUGUAGAGUGUGGUUUAUGAGAGUUUGAGGCAUUUCUUUACUGUUCACCAAAGAAAUGGGUAAUCUGUGUUGAUCUACUCUUUAUUUUUACCUUUAUACAGGGUUUUAGGACAUUAUCAUUAUUCCCUCCUCCAUCUCCAUAUUAUUCCAUUCCUUCCAUCCAUCCCCAGCUGAAGUUAAAGAGGAGAUAUGUACAGUAUCUAUUUUAGAUUAUUAACUAUUUACAUCAAAUUAAGAUAUACAAAUGACCGUAGCUGUUGCCUUAGCCUUAAAAAUUACUAAUUGUUUCAAACCGCCUCAGUCCACUUACUGAGGGAUCUGAUUUGAAUUUAUAAAGGCAAUUCCUUUGAGAGCAGGAUCCUUCUGGCUAAAUCAAAGGCAGCUAAUCCUGUCCCUGAAGGAGCAGCUAGAGCAGUGGUUCUCAACCUUCCUAAUGCCAUGGCCCUUUAAUACAGUUCCUGUGGGUCAUGAGAACUGCUGAGCUAGAGGAACCUGAGGCUUGUUCUUGAAGUGAGCAAGCUAGCCAAAGUACUAGAACAGCCUACACCAAACCUGUUCUACACCUGCCCUAGUGAAGGAUUUCCACGUAAAAACCUAGGAAAACUCCAUUGCAUGCCCUAGUUUUACUUGAGGAAAGCUGGAUUUGAAAUUAGAAAAGGAGCUUAAAACAGAGUUCACUGGCUCUUCAUUCUAAAGGGAAAAUGAUUCCACACUGCUUUUUAGAGUUCAACAUCUUUCUGGAUAAAUAUAUUUUUUAACAGAAUUUUUAUUAUUUUUAAAAGAUAUAAAAACAACUACUCCCAUCAGUAGCAAUACAAGGUUAUACAUUUUAACCAGAUUUUCUCAGGCCUUUUUUGGAUACCUUUAGUAGUUAACUAUUUUGUCAAACCCUCUUGUAAAUAACCAUCACACAACACACAGAACUCUGUGGAAUACAGCUGAGGGCACCACUCGCGCUGGCCUGUGUGUUCAUUCCCAUAGACUGCACUGAAAUAACCUGAUAAACAAUAUCCUCCUCUGUUUUGCAUCUAUUUCCUCUGUUGCGCUUCUUUUAGGAUAGUUAGAGAAAUAUAAAGUACUGUUCCAGUUAACAUGUCAUACAUUUAGUGUUGACGGCGAGAUGUUCCUGGACACAAAAGAAUUGUGCUUUUAAUUCCAUGUAACUGUCUGCCUUUUUUGUCAUGGUCUGACCAAAAUUCCUUCUGUAAUACAAGGCCAGUAUAGGCAACUUCACGUUUGUUUCAAAUAUGCAGCUUGGCAUUUUUGUUUACUUGUUUACAUGAAGUAAACAUUUGGUGUGAAGACACAAUUCUUGGGAAUGGCUGCAGUUAGGCCACGUUGUUUACUCACUAUGGUGAAUCAUAGGUAACUUCUAUGUUUGCAUUCCAUUGCUCUGCUCCCCAAGGUCUGAUUUUUCUCCCCAAGGAGUCAUAUAAAAAGGGACUGAGCAUCAUAUCAACCUGUUGCAGCAUUUUUCAAAUACCUGUUCACUCUUAAAAUGCAAAUAAAGACUGCUUCCUUAGGGUGCUCAUAUAAUAUUCCAGUCUUUGAGUCUUUUCAUGUUUUUUUCUAGUCGCUGGGUGCACCCACACUCCUGUUGUCUGUCAGGAGAACAUUAAAACACGUCACAAUGCUGUUGUAUGGGAUUACAAAAGUAGCAUGCUGCCUUCAGCCUUCUUGGGCUGAAGUUACAGAGCCCACAGCCCCGUGUUACUCAUUACAAAUGGAAACUAAAAACAAGCCAGUGUUGGGUCUGCUCUGAGACUUCUCCGUGGUUUUCCUGGAGGCAGACUGGUACUUGUUGGGAAAGGGAAGCCAAGCCAACACCAAAUCUCUUGAGUGAAUAUAUCUCUCCUUUGAAGCCAGAGUGCUUUGUGAGGGUGAUCUUAGAAGUUAGAGCUUCCAAACUCAUUCUAUACCUAAAUAUGUUGGUAUUAAAAACAAAAAGCAGUGGCAAAUAAAAAUGUUUGGGUUCCAAAAAUGAGGCUUUGGUAUUUCCAGGAAGAUGUGAAGGAGCUGCUUUGCUUUUGUCGAAAAGUAAACACCAGUACUUUGAGCCAUGAGAACACCAUGAAGAAAACUGUUACAGGCAGUCCCUGGUUACAAACAAGAUAGGUUCUAUUGGUUUGUUCUUAAAUUGAAUUUGUAUGUAAGCUGGAACAGGUACAUUUACCUAUUACCUAUAAUAGCCCCAUUCAUUAAGUGUAAGUCAUACAUCAGUUGGAUGUUUGUUACUCAGGGAUUUACUGUAACAGCCUCUGUUAAGUGCAAGUUGUAUGUAAGUCAGUUGUCUAUAACUUGGGGACUGCCUGUAUUCUUAGGCCAAAAGGUGCAACGUCAAUGGAUUAUUUAAUUUACAACCAGAUAGUUUCUUACUUCAGGUUCAUGAACAAGUGGCUCCUUUAUCAGCAGAAAUUUUAACUGGGAAACUAAUGCACAUUAGAUACCGCUAGGUUAAAGGUAAGUAACCCUUUGUUACUAAGGGUAACAAAAUUUCUAAGGUACUUUGCUCUAUUAAAAAGCUGGUUACACAUUGUAUAAUGUGGAAGAGUCUGUUCUAAAUGACAGGAAAGAGAAUUGUCCUGGUUCCAGCUUCCCGCUGACCACAGAUGACAUCAAGGAAGAUGAACUUAACUAUGGAAAUUUCAAAUGACUCUUGGUGGAGGUGAUUGUCUAAAAAUACAGAGGGUGCCCUCCAAAUAUAUACACUUAACAAAGAGAAAAGCUGUAUUAAAAUUAUAAAUUAUACUGAUAACAAAA